ACUGUGGCCCAGUUGGUAUCACCACAGUCGUGCGCGCCAAUGUGCAGCACCAGCUACAGUGCCAGUCGUGGCCAGUCGGUCUCCUGGAAGCAGUGCUCAGAAGCUGUGCUUGUGAAGAAGAGUUAGGGAAAGUUAUUUCGUCGCUCCAGGGAUGUAAGAAGGGCGGGAAAUUAUACAUGUUAGAGGAUUUCUCUCGGAAUACGAAAGUGGAUCGCUAUUACUCUUAUCUUUGUGAGAAAUCAUAAAGCAAAGUGGUUUAUAUUUUCUUUUUGUCACAAUGAGUACAUAAAGACAGGAAAAAUGUGUGCGUUUCUUUAGGAGGUUGAAAGUGAUACAGGAACGUACGGAGGUUAGCGAGUUUGUGAGGCUGUGUGAAACACUCUCAAAAAUGGGAGACAAUUUACAUAACGGAAGAAUCACUAAUUCUUUAAUGAAAGCGUGGUUAUCGUCUUUUCUACGACCUCGUCAAGAUGAAUUGUUUAGAGACGUGUUCCGGCAAGUGAGGAAUCUCAAUCUUCCGUUUUCUGAAGUGCAAAGAGCUAUGUGUCAAUUGACACGGAAGACAUCUGUGCCCAUAAGAAAACUUUCGUGCUCCCAGAGAGAUCCCUUAACAAGAAAAAAAAAGAGGAGAAGGAUGAUAAUCGACAGUGAUAGUGAUGAAGAUGGCAAUGAUUAUAAGACAAACCUACAUAUAUCUGAUGCUCAUGAUCACAUGGAAGAAUCAAAUGCAUUGCCACAGAGUUCUUUUGUAGGAGUACCCAUUUCGAAUCCAAACAUGGUGGAAGUCGCAGAAAUCAUUGAUUUGGUGGAUUCAGAUGAAGAAAUUCAAGAGUUGCCUACCAAGAACAUUCACCUGUGUCGAAAACGACGCUUUGCAAAAUUCUUUGGUAGCGAUUCAGAAGAUGAAACUGAUACAAUCAAACUUUCUGAAAAAUCUGUUUCCUGUGUUCUGAUUAAGGACUGUGAUUCAGACUGCUCUGAUGAACUGUGUGUUAAUGAAAGAGUAAAGAGAAAAAAUAAAAAGUUGCGGGUGAAUAAUUCUGACAUAAGUCUGUGUGCAGUAGAAGUUAAGAAGGAAGUAUUAGCCUCUGAUGUACAAAAUGAGAAUACUAUUAGUUGCCAAAAAAAUGAAAAUGAACUUACCAAGUCAGAAGUAAGUGAACAUAUUUCCACCGUAAUACAAGAGAAAUCAUAUCCAUCCCCCACAGAGGUAUUAAAGAAUGUUAUAAUAAUAGUAGAUUCUCCAGAAAAUAGUCCUGUAAUUAUUGAUGAAGAAAAAUAUAUUUCUGACGAGUGUUUACAGAAAAAUGAAUUGGAAAAUAAAUUACGUAGAGAAGAUAAUCAAGAUGUUCAAGGUGUAUCUCAGGCAGAAAAUAUUCAAAGUAAUUCUCCAGGAGCAGAACCGGAAAAUUCAUCAUCUACUCCUAGAGGGCUAAUUGAACAAGUGUCAACGUCAGAAUCCCUUGCAGACUCCACACUUCAGAAAAAUGAUAAUUCUGAUACAACUUCUAUUUCAGAGAAGCAGAUUACAAGUGGAGGAGAAAAUCAACAAGAGGCCACAGUAACUUCUUCUGGAUUACCUCUAUCUCCUCAAGAAACUUGCCCCAUUGGCGGUCCUCGAACAGGCCAAAUUUGGGUUAAAGAUAAUAGAAGCUUGGGAAUCUCAGAUAAUUGGAUCGCUUCCAAUUUAAACCGAACGAAAGAUCAAAUUGCAAUCUCUGCAUUAAGUAGUACAUCUGAUUUGUCUGGUUUUGAUCAAGAGUCUAUUAAAUGUGCAGAGGAUGCAGUCAAUUUGAUAAGCGAGUUUGCGAGUAAAUGGAAUAAGAAAGAAGAUGAGCUGAAAGCUCUAAAUCAAGAUAAUGAUGUUGUUUCUAAUUUUAGGAAGAAAGUACUCGCUGCUGAAAAGCAAACUUUAGUGAGGUACAUUCAGGAAAAUGUAGUUGUUAUUUUUAAGAAUCUAGUAGAGAAACUUCAAAGUGCGGAAAAAACAGAGGAGUUAAUAAGACUUCAUAUUUCGAAGAGAGAGACAAGCAAAGGUUUAAUACCACUUUUUAAUGCAAUUUGGAAAAAUUUUAUUUAUUUACACAGGGAAGAAGCCCGACCACCAGAAACAGAAGGCAGUGUUUCUCAUGAUUCAUCUUCUCAAACUUUUGUAUCAGAUGUAGCUAAUGCCUGUGCAGAUACAAGAGUUUCUUUGAUAGAUAGUAAUAAUUUGCUUACUAUUGAACCACAAAGAUCUAAAAGAGGAUCUGUGGGAACAGUGUCACAUUCAAACCAAUGGUAUCAGAUAGCAGAACUGAACACUCCACAUACACAGUGUGGUCAGUCAAGACCAUUUACCACCAUGAGUGAUCACUUACCUUCUGUUCCGAGUCCAGCUGUCGAUUUCAGUCUUUCCAUGAGCAAUCCAUCUGUAUCUCAACAACGAACUUCUAGCUCUAGUCAGCAGAUGAUACAAAACUCUCAAAUGCAGAUGUAUAACAGCCAGUCUACUGAUUUGGGAAGAAAUGAGAGGGAACAACAGUCGGGUAGAAUUGAGGAACAGCUGCUUCAUCAGCAGAAUACAUCUAAUAUCAUCGACGAAUCAGUAGUACAACAGGAACCUAAUCAGAAUCGGGGGUCAAAACAGCAGUCUCAUUUUCCAGAACCACAUCAACUUCAAACUGUACAAACACAAAAUGUACUUUCAAAUCAGGGACCUCAACAGCAGCAGUUGGUUGAACGUAAUCAAUUGCACCAACAGCAAUUGGGGCAAUCUUAUUUUAUAUCACAUACAAGACAAACACAAGCUCAAGUACAAAUACCAGUACGAUGCCAGGCACAGCAACAAGAGUCUUAUGACUCUGCAGGUCAACAUCAAGUUUUACGGAGCAUGUCACAGGAUCAAACACAACCACAUAAUCAGCAAGCUAUUUUACAAAAUAUUCACAUGCUAGAGCGAGAGAUGAAACGACUGAUGGAUCGCUUUAAACUAUUAAAAUCACGAUAUCAACACAACCCACAAUUGGAAGGUGAGCUACGGAAAACCCAUCAAAAGUUAAAAACAUUGAGUCGGCAGAGACAACUGCUACUAGCACAAUUAUUGCCGCAACAGCAGGUGCAGGGAGCACAAUUGCCACAGCAGCAACAGCAUGUGCAGAGACUACAAUUGCCGCAGCAGCAACAGCAUGUGGAGAGAGUACAAUUGCCACAGCAGCAACAACAGCAUGUGGAGAGAGUACAAUUGCCACAGCAGCAACAGCAGGUGCAGGUAGCACAAUUGCCACAGAGGCAACAGCGGUUGCAACAAACACAAUUGUCACAACAGUGGCAUCAGCAGCUGCAGCAAACACAUUUGUCGCAGCAGCAGCAACAAAAGGAUCUGCAGCGAGCACGAUUUUCGCUGCAACAAGCACAAUUGCUGCAACAGCAACAAGCACAAUUGCCGCAACAGCAACAACGCCAAUUGCAACAGCAGCAACAGCAUGUGCAGGGAGCACAAUUGCCACAGCAGCAACAGCAUGUGCAGAGAGUACAAUUGCCGCAGCAGCAACAGCAUGUGCAGAGAGUACAAUUGCAGCAGCAGCAACAGCAUGUGCAGAGACUACAAUUGCCACAGCAGCAGCAACAGCAUGUGCAGGGAGUACAAUUGCCACAGCAGCAGCAACAGCAUGUGCAGGGAGUACAAUUGCCACAGCAGCAGCAACAGCAUGUGAAGAGAGUACAAUUGCCACAGCAGCAACAGCAGGUGCAGGGAGUACAAUUGCUACAGAGGCAACAGCGGCUGCAACAAACACAAUUGUCACAACAGUGGCAUCAGCAGCUGCAGCAAACACAAUUGUUGCAGCAGCAACAGCAACAACAGGAUCUGCAACGAGCACGAUUUUCGCUGCAACAAGCACAAUUGCCGCAACAGCAACAAGCGCAAUUGCCGCAACAGCAACAAGCGCAAUUGUCGCAACAGCAACAACAACCACAGCUCCAGCAGCAACUCAAGCAAUCACUACUGCUACAGCAUCUGAAAAGACCAAGAUUGCCAGCAGGAGCUGAAGCAGAGAAACAACAGCAACAACCGCAAUCUCAACCCCAGCAACAGUAUCCGCGUUCUCUGCAAGAACAGCAACACCCAUAUGCUCGUCUGCAUCAACAACUGGAUCAGCAGCACUUGCAACAGUCACCACAAAUAACACAGCAACAACAAAAAGUACAAUCACUGGAGCAGAAACGGCGGGAUGUGUAUCUGCUGCAACAAUCACAUCAACUACAUCAGGAACUAGUUGUAGAAAAGGAACGUAGAAUUACCAGUGAUUGUGGUGAAAGUUGGUGUGUACCAGACCAUGAGAAGCAAAAGCAGUCGGUGUCAUCACUACCAUCUGUGUCACCACAAACUGUUACAGUUGUACCACCGACCUCUGCUGUUCAGAAAUGUUCUAUGACUCCUGUUUCAAAUGCUUUGGCACAAAAUUUACAGUCGAGCUAUUCUGUCAUUUCAGAAUCAUCUUCAAGAUCAAAGUUAAAUCUGGGAAUUUUACUACAAUCGUCAUCGUGUUCAGGGACACAUCAGUCUUCUGCUUCCUCUGCAAUAUCUGAUUUAUCUUUAUCAAAUUUACUGAAAAAUACAGGCACAUCAUCAUCUUCAGGAUCACAUCAGUCCUGUCCUUCCUCUGCAGUGGUUAAAAAUCAAUUGCAGCUGCCACCACCAAACCCUUCUCACAGUUUCAGUACAGAUUCAUCUCAAACUUUGCCUACUAUACUUGAACUUUCAAUGCCUAGUUCAAAAACAUCACCUGUUAUGUCUGAAAUAGGUGUUUCAUCACUGUCUAACUCUGUUAGGGUGAUAAGUAAUGAAAUAUUGAGUGAGGUUAGUGAAAGUGAUCAGAAUGAAAUAAGGGAAGUAAUGCGUGUGAAAGAAGUCAAUAAACAGGUUUUACAGGAAUGUAAAAAUGUAGAAAAAGUAAUGGAAGGAACUGACAUAAACUUAGAGAUUGCAAAUGUUAGGCCAUCUGUCUUAAGAAUUCAUAAGAAUGGAGGAGACAUUGAAACCAGAACUGAAUGUUCAAGACAGAUGCCAGGUAGUGUAAAAUUGGCAUUUGAUAAUGACUUGAGGCAGGGUGGAAAGCCUGAAGGACUGAUAGAUGGAAGGACUGAAGAUCUCAUAGAAAUGCAGUUUGUAGACACUGGUACAAAGAAUGUGAAUUCUACCAUGGGUGACACAUGUUCAGUGAUAAAACCAAUGGAUAUUUUAAAUGAAAUUGACUUGACCAUAAAGGAAAACAAAUCUCAGUGUUCCAGACAAAAUGAUCUUGUGGAGAUAGGAGUUAAUGCUAUCAGUGAGAAUAAACCUUUUACUCAAAAAGAAAAUAAUGUUAAAGAUAGUCAGAGUUCAGAAACAGAAUUUCAAAUUGGAAAUAAAAUUACCAUAAUAGGUCAUAACGAAAGUUCAUCUUCAAUAAUAGAAGGACUGGGAAGUAGGAGUGAAGAAAAGUUGCCUCCAGAGGUUCAUGGCACAGAGCAUGAAGAGGAGACAGAUAUAAAACCUCAAGGAAUAAAAGUGCGUUCGAUAUCUCUAGAUAGUGGAUACAAAACUCCAUCUCCAUUUCUGCAGGUAAGAGGCAAAGGAGAGGAGAAGGGAAGAUAAUUGAAUUCAAAUGUGAAAGGUGAUUUGAUUAACCUAUUACAGAUCAAUUUGGUUUCAUGACAUCCUUCAAAAGGAGGGAAGUUAAAAAUUUUGAAAACGUAAUGUAACCCUCCUUUAAUAAUACGGUUAUGUGACUUCUGGAGCGGGAAUGGGAUUUUCAAUAAUAAAAGACAUGACACUUUGUUAACAAACAUUUACUAACUAAAAUGAUGUGAUGGUUUACACAUGAUUGAUAGUAAUGAUAGGGAUGACCUUAUUUUAAAUAACUUUGAUAUUUGUUUGA